UGGGGGUAAAUCACCAUGGUAACUCAUGCUGAACCCCUAACCUGCUCCAAAUCUGAUUUCCGGCGACUUGGCUUUGAACCGGGCAAAGAGGCUCAGUCAUUCGAGGAGAAGGUUGUGGAGGUGCGGUACGACCCGUGCAGGUCUGCUGACAUUGCAAUGGUCGCCGGAGGCAACCGUAAGAGAUGGAUCGUGGCUACAGAGAACAUGCAGGUCGGAGACGUCAUUAAAACAUCUGGAGCCAUCGGACGCAUGGCGGGUACAAGAUCCUCAUGAGCAAGAAGCAAAUGUCACAUUUUUACAGAGUAAUGACUCAUUAAUCCAAAAAAUGUUGUUACGUAUCUUCAGUGAGUCAAUUUAUUCUGUGAAACCAAAUUACAUAUGUACAUCUAUAGUA